AUGGUCAGAGGUGAAAAGAGCGGCCCCGAAAAGGACGACGCGGACCAGCACGGUGAUAGGCGUUGUGAUGGCGCAGAGCACGGUGUAAUCGUCCUGCCCAUGCCCAAGCUUUCGCACGCGAUGACGUCCGGCCGAAUAGCCAAGUGGCAUGUGGAAGAAGGAGCCUCAGUCAACACUUACGACGUACUGCUCACCGUGGAGACGGAAACCCUUGUGGAGGAGGCCUACCGGUUGGAUCAAUUUGCCGGCAAGGUGGCUCUCCUUGUGGAGUCUCAGGAAGAGGGUUUUGUGGCCCGACUGCUGGCAGCGGAGGGCGAGGAGGUGCCGGUUGGCAAGCCCAUCGCGCUUCUGUGUGAGCGUGAAGACGAAGUUCCGGCUGCCAGGGCGAGCAUCGAAUGGGCCAGGUUGGGCGACGUUUACGAUAGCACGUGCAACCCGCGGGAGGUUGGGCUUCCUGGCGGCGUUUACACUCCGACAUCAGCAGUGGCCCUGCCGUCGCGGGAGACGAAUAGGAGUUUGUCGUCUUUGCCCUCGGACGUGGCGAGCUAUGAAGUACCGUACAAGUUUACGCUGGUGGACCUCAACGCCCGCUCCUAUUUCCUUAUCCACGAGGUCCCCGAUACCACAGCUUCCUCGCCCUCCAGAGCAGCCACCGCCACCACCUCCGGUUGCACUACUCCGCUACCAGACCCUGUCGCCCGCCUUCGCGAUGCUCUUCGCCAGGCCGUCCUGCUCGCCAACAUCGAGGUCUGCAUCGUUAGAAACUACCAGCUCGCGCACGGCGGCUCCGCAGCUGGCUCCCCCGCCGCCGCCGCUAUCACAACCGCCGCCGUCGAUCUGACCCAGAUCAGUCCCUCCGACCCACCUGAAUCCGCCUCCGCGCUGGCGCGCCGCGCCGCGGAAAACACCCGCGCACUGGGGCCCGUAGCGGGCCUGCUGUCCAAGUGUCUGCAGCCGUGCAGCCGCAAGGACGUGGCAAGGAUACUGGAGGAGCGCAUCCAGGCCGCGGAACAGCUGCUUGGGGAUGCGGGGACGUCGGGUGGCUGCGGAGAGGGGUUGGCGGGAGUGGAGGACUGCCAGUUGCAGGAGCUGGCGUUCACGUUCGCGGCCUACCAGCCGGCGGUGCUAGAUGAGGGGGUCAAGGGCAGCCAAUCGCCGUGUGACCCACGGAGCCACACGCGCAGCAUUGCGGACGUAGCGGCGCUGGUGGAGGGUUCGGCGAGGGAGGCCGGCACGACGAUGCCGGAGGCUCUGGCGAGGCUGGCUGUCAGGCUCCUGGAUGCAGUGCGGUUGCGGAGGCCGAAUACACCGUUGGCAGGCUGGCUGCUGCAGGGCGCCUGCAUGUCGGGUCACUACGAGCUGGUCGCCCAGCUGCUGUACCGCCGCUCCGCCGCCGACACGGGGCUGUACGAGCUGGACAUCAUCCGCCGCCUGCGGACCGCCUGGCUGGGCUACACCCGCUACCGGCCCCUGCAGCCCGUGCGGUCAGGGGCCAAGGCGCACACCAUAGACUGGCUGGACUUCAAGUGCAGCUGUGCGCGUGCAGUGCUCAUUGCACAUAAAGUCAUCGAGACCCUCAUUCUGCGCGACGAUAAGGAGCUCACGUUGUCCGUGCAGAUGACGGGGGGGACGGCAGGAGCGGCGGCGCCGCCGCGUCCGGCGGCGCCGCCGUCUUUCAGCUUAGCGGUGGCAGCGGCCGACGCCGCCGCCCCCGGCGCUGCUGAUGGCGGUGGGGGAGCCGAGGGCGAGGCGCCUCCGCAAUCAGGCAAGCUGGAGAAUGACCGGGAGAGGAGGGUUGUGGUGGUGGCUCCCGGGGUGCCGGCAGCGGCGGCGUCCGUGGCGUGUGGCAGCGUGGACAUCGCGACUCGCGGCCGGCUGCUUGACGACGACAGCGACCACGUGGAGCUGGAGCCCUCCAAAUGGGCGAUGGUCCGGGAGCUGUUUCCCCGCGCUGCCGCCUGCAAACCGCUGGCGCUGGCCAUGCUGCAUGUUGUACUGGCAGGCAAGCGGGAGGUCCAGCAGGCUGUGCGCGCUGCUGCCGCAGCCGCGGCCGCUGCCCGCAGCCAGUCGUCCGGCGCCGGCGCCUCCGCGGAACUCCCCUUGCCGCCCCCUUUGGCGGACGGGGUCUUGGCAGGACUGCAGCAGGGGGAAGAGGAUGAUGAGGAGGAGGCGGCCGCUGAGGCUGAGGCGGAGCGGGAACGCCAGCGUGCGGCAGAGGAGCUGCGGUCGGCUCGGUACCGCAAGCUGCACCUUCUGGCGGUGCAGGCGUGUCACCUGGCGGUUCACUCUGGCAGCUUGUCGACGGUGUCGGAUGCCAUUGCGUGCAUCCGGGCGGUACGUGCCUGGCCUGCCAUAGACCUGGCCAUGUUGAACGACCUGGCAGAGACGUUCCCGCACCAGUGUGCGUCCCUGCUGGGGGCCAUUCCCCUGCAGGAGGUGGACUUGGAGGACAAUGUGCUGCCCUUUGGCCUGCCCCCGGGCUUCACUACCGUGGCCGUCAGCGACAAGGACGCGCACGAGUUCCGUCAGGGCGGCGGCACCGGCUCCACCCAGGAUGCGGAGCACUUCGCUACGCAGCGCGAGGCCGACGCCUCCAUCGAGGCCUCCCUGCUUGUGCUCCCGCGCACCUGGCUGGCGCUGCUCUUCCUCUUCUGGCCGGCAGAGUUUGCCAGCCCGGCCACACGACAGCUGCUGCGCGUGCUGCGCUGCGCCGUGGCCGCGUUCCUGUGGCAGGGCCCCGGCAGCUGCGCCGUAGCAGUCGUGUUUUGGGUGCUGCUGGCGGUGGUGGGCGUAGCGACGAGGAGCGUGGUGGCCGUGGUACGGAUCCUGUAUUACGGCAUCUUGUAUCGGAUCUGGGCGUUUAUGGCGGUGCAGUUCCCUGCUGUACGGCAGCUGGCGUACCGCAUCCGCGGCCGGCGUGCCGCUGUGGGGCCCGUUAUGCACUCGCCCACAGGCAUUGGCGGCCGCAUCGCAACGAUGCGCCACGCGCCCGGUGGUGUCGGCAGCGGCGCCGCCGCAGUAACCAAGGCCGGCGGCGGCGAUGGCGGCGACGUGGACGAGGAUGAUGGUGAUGGUGAUGGUCAUAGGGACGACGGCAACUUCACUCGUCAGCUGGGUCGGGGCAUCUGGCGGACCUUCUUCGCGCAUGGCCACAACGCGCUCAUAGACAAGGCGGUGGGAUGGGGCCGCGGUGCAGCGAGCAUAUCUUGCCGGAAGGUUCCCAUGCCCAUCACGUACACCAGCCGGUAUCGAGCUGCUCAGAGCCAGAGUCCGGGCUCGGGACCUGGCGCUGGUGGCGGUGGGCGGUCUAGGCAGCUGGACACGGCCCUGCUGGAGAAGCUGCUCAAUGUCCCGGGGCUGCACCCCUCUGUGUUCGGUUCCAAGGUGCUCAGGGCGCUCAUUCUGUUCAAGUGGAACUACUUCACCAAGUACUUUAUCAUACUGCAGUUGCUGCUGCACAUCAGCUACAUGGCGGUGUUCCUGGCGUACGCCUUCACCAUCAAGGACAUGGAGUUGGUGGAGGGCCGGGACAGCGGCCCGGGGGCCCACACCCGGGGCUGCCGGCUGGAGGCCCCCUCCGCCACCCAGACGGGACUGCUCAUCGUGCUGGCGGUUAUGACGGUGGACUUCCUGAUCCGGCACUUCGGGCUGCUGUUCUUCACCCACAUGUGGGACGUGUUGGACGUGUGCAGUGUCAGCCUGGUGGUGGCCUCCGUGGCGCUGCACUUCUCAUGCACCUUGGAUGUCAGCCCACUCACGCUGCGGGGGCUGGCGUCCGUGCAGAUCGUGCUGCUGUUCAUGCGACUGCUCUACUACGCCAUGGCGUCGGAUAAGCUGGGCUCCUUCGUGAGGAUGGUGCUGGAAACGACCUACGACCUGGUGAUGUUCUUUGCGUUCCUGGGUGUGGUGUUCGUGGGCUUCGCACUCGCUAUGAUCGUCUCCCAGGGCAGCCUGGCCAACGAGGAGCAGACGUUCAUAAAAUUGUUUACCAUGAUGUACGGCGACUUUGACGUCAACUUCCUGUCAGAUAUAGAAUCGGGCGCAUUGGGCCUGGAUGCGCUGACCCGCGUUAUCGCUUCCGUCUACAUGAUCCUGGUAACCAUCAUUUUGCUGAACCUGCUCAUCUCCAUCAUCUCCGAGUCGUAUGAGCGCAUCCGCGAGAAUGAGAGGUGGGAGUCGCUGCGCAACAAGGCGCUGUUGGUGGUGGAGUGUGAAACGCAGCUGUGGGCGUUCUUCCUGGACUGGCUCUACACCACCCUUACACCGCCCUCCGCCGGGGACAGCACGGGACAGCGUCAAGUUGACAACGGCAAGCGCUACUUGUAUGUUAUUGCGCCUGAGUAUGCUCGCCGUACGGAAGCCGCUGGCGACGAGGAUGAUGAGGAUGAGGAAGAUGACGACGACGGCGGCGAGGACGAGGAUGAUGACGGGCAGUGGAACGGCCGCCUGGGCGAGAUGAAGCGCCACAUCACCGCACAGUCCCGUGCCACCGCGGACUUGCUGCGGAGGGAGGUGGGCAAGGUAUUAACAACCGUGGAAAGUGUGAUGACGACGGCAACUGCAGCCGCCACGGCGGCAGCUGCAGCUGAGGUUGCUCCCCAUAACUUGCCUGACAUAUCGCUGGAAGCCGCUGCUACAGCUGAGACUGGGACUCGGGCUGAGAGCUGUGGUGAGGCGGGGCCAGCGAAGGAGCCGGAUCCAGGGUAUAGCGCAGGACGGGGCAAUGGUAGCGGUGGAGGGUCGGCGGCGGUUCUGGAUGAGCACACCGUGCAGCUGCUGGCGGAGCAGGUGGGGACACUGCUAAGGAAGGACCUGGUCGCUCUCCGAAAGGAGCUGCUGACGGAGAUUGCCAAGGCGGGGCCGCCACCGCAGCAGCACCAGCAGCAGCAGCAGGGCCACGGCGGCCGUCUGUCGCCUCUGACCAGCGCGACCGCGGCCAUGGCGUCGCUGCCGCCGCUGGCGGCGGUUGGCGCGGCUGCCUCAGGCCGACCGGCGUCACCGUCCAGGGCAGCAGGGCCUCCUUCACCCUCGGCCUUGCCCUCAGCAGGGGUCCUUUCAGCUCAACGGGCCCACGCGAAUGCGGAUGUGCCUGCGGGAAAGAAGUCUGAGCAGGCUGCGCAGGCGGCUUCAAAAGAGUGA